AUGAAGAUCCAAAGAGCCACAUCACCACCUCCCGACAUCAUCCUCGGCCCUGCCAACACAAAUAUGAAAAACGCACCAAUCCUCCCUAUCGAAGAAGAAGCACCAUGGCCAGACAUCUCAGCCUGUCCGACCUCUCUAAACUCCCUGUUCGCCCUCACUCAAGCCGGCCUCUCUACGACUACCGCGUCUGCCAUCCACACCGCCUACAAUACAAUUCCUCAUCCAUGCCUUUGCCUCAAAAUCUACGCUAUCAAUUACCUCGCUCCGUUGGCAACACGGAUAGAUGUGUACGAGGAAGGUCAGGAUUGGAUAGGUGCGUUGAUGGAGAUGGGAGCCAACGAUCAGUUGAUACACGCGAUUGUGCAGCCGGGGAUGGAGGAUGUGAUGGUAAUGAACACUGCUUGGGGAUGGAUGAAGGAGGCAAUGGAUAACAGAUGGGAGUUUUACGAGUGGAUGAUUGAGUUGGGGAAGGUUAGGGAAGUUGACCAGAGAGGACCUAGGGUCUAG